UGGACAACGAACUCUAUGUUAUCUUUCCAAAGUCGUUUUUAUUAUCUCGAUUAAUCGCCAGUUAAUAAGAAAAAUAAAACUCGUUUAUCUUGGAGACGAGUGGGAAUCUAAAGAUCGGUAUCGUGCGGUGUCCGAGGACCGUCAACAAAUUAUUCUCCAAGAUUGGCCGAACUCUUAAACGAGCUUACUUCCCCGAAACGGGAAAAAGCAAGAAUCCUUUGCUUUCAAGGCACGAUCCUGUCUCUCCGUGUUCAAAGCUUGUUCUUUAACCGUUCCAUUCCCGUGGAUCUUAUUCUUCUUCGUAGCGCUACCUCUCUUUUUCAAUUUCGACGCCGUUCUUCCGGAACUCGGCCACUUUCUAAACAAUUAAACGCAUAAAACGUAGCAACGAGAAGCGCGUUUAACCGAGAAACUAUCCUCGGAGGAUCGAACGAAACGUCGAACCACGAAGCGGAAUCGCGAGUUUCAAUACCGAUCGUUGUUUCUGAUGGUAUUAUUCCGAUUUCGCAGUCGCUCCGGUGUGCAAGGAAGAUCGAAUCAUAGUCGUCGGCGCGUCCAGGGGCGAGUCGUUGGACAUCGUUUGCAAAGUGGAGGCCGAUCCACCGGCUCACAAUUUCCGAUGGAAGUUCAACAACAGCGGGGAGACGUUGGAAGUAGCACCGGGCAGAUUCUCUAUGGAGAAGUCGAGCGGUGUUAGUGUGCUGCGAUACACGCCAACCACCGAGCUGGAUUACGGCACUCUGUCGUGCUGGGCGGACAAUUUCGUCGGUACACAGGCGAGACCGUGUCUCUUCCAGCUGGUAGCCGCCGGAAAACCAUUUCCUGUACGUAACUGCACGCUCGCUAACCAGACGUACACCAGCGUCGAGGUGAAAUGCGUAGCCGGUUACGACGGUGGACUCCCACAAAAAUUCAUCCUGGAGGUGUACCACGGUGACGCGGAUUUUCUCUCGACCAGCCAACCCCUAUACAACGUAUCGAACCCUGAGGAGCCUAGUUUCUCGUUGGCGGGAUUGGAAACGACCGUCGAGGCUGGUGUUCACGUGGCGGUGUACGCCGUGAACGCGAAAGGCCGAAGUCAACCCAUCAUUCUCAGCGAAGUGACUUAUCGCGAUGCCGAGAAACGAACCGGACAAGACGCUGGGAUCGUGCUAUCACCGUUGAUAGGAGUGGUGGUCGGAGCGUUGGUCACGCUGGUACUGAUCGUCCUGGUGGUGGUUGUCAGGGUUCGUCGAGAACGAGUCUCGAAACCUCGACACGAGAAACCGGCGGAACUUAGCGAAUUACCCGCGCAGCAGUAUCCUCUGCAAAACACUCAGCAAACCGUAGAAACCGAUCCCGACGUGAUCCCGAAUAAAUUCGAGGGUAGCUUGGUAGAGGUCAGUCCGCCGAGUUAUCCGGGUGGCUAUCCCCCAGGACACUGGGUCACGCCGGGACCUACGCCGAGCAUAGACGAGCUGUGUCAGAAAUUCAGUGGAAGACCAACGGAGCUGAGGUUACCGUCGAGAAGCACGAUACCGAGUUUACAGAGCAUGUCCAUGACUGGAGUGAUGGUGGGUGGUGGGCAAGGUGUCCUGGUGAGCGGCGCCGGUGGGAUCGUCGGUAGUGGCCAGGGUGUCGUAGUCGCCGGAGAAUGUCUGGACGGCGAAGCGAUUAAGAGACGAUUGAUGGCUAACAGACUACCAGAGAGUUGCGUUUAGACGUUUAGUCGUAUCGCGCGUUCAACCAACAGGCUACGAGUCUCGACGAGAUUCUUCGACCUCGAGGCGACCGACACGAGUCGCAAUUUUUAUUCGUGUAUCCUUCCGAUUCGCCAUUCGAGAAACGCGUUUUCCACGCUACUCCGAGAACAACGAUUCGUGUACGGCCAACGGCAACGACGUUCUUCCUCCGAUCGCUUUUUCGGUUUCGAGAACAACCCUGACAGCCUAACCAGAACGUACAUCGUUCUGGGAUAAGACGGAAAAAAUCCAAGGCUGAAGGAAGCCCAGCAGGAAGAACCGAAAACUUCUCGAAACGACGUCCUUUCGCUGUACGACUCUUCGGACAAUGGUGGUGGUCCACGGUGACCCAGCGCACGGCCUGAAACCCUCGAUCCGAAGUACCGGUUAAUCGUUUCGCGUUCGAUGCCAAAACUAUUUAGAAAAGGUGAAAAGGUAGAUAGUACUUGUUAAACUCGCGAAGGUAACUAACAAUUCGGAAGAAAAUGAAAAAUUGCUAACGACUAUAGAAAAGUUGCACCCUCUUUCUACCCGUUCGGCCAAAGUUCGUCCUCGAAUGUCGGUUUACCGAUUACUAUCUACUUUUGUUCGCAACAUCGAGAAACGGUAUCCGCCAAAAGUGUUUCGUAAACGUUUUCUCGAUAGUUAAGUAACAAUUUUUUCUUCCGAAAAAGACACGAAAGGAAAAAAUAGAGGAACAAUAAAACAGGAAAAGAGUUAGGUGAAAAGUUGCUCUCGAGUUUUUCACCUGGGUAAAGACGCUCGAAAGUUGUCUCCUCCUGUCGGCGCAACUUUUCCUCCUCGCAGUUUCCAUAGGUCGACUUCGAGUGCAAUGAUCAUUCGACAGUGUCUUCUCGUAUACUUCUUCUUCUUCUUCUCUACGUGAUUCGCGUUUUCGGCACACGGCCCCUCGACAAACACCGCGAUUUCUUUUCAAUUCGAUUUUACCUAAUUUAUCCCGGCCACUAGUUCUCGAAUCGCGCACAAACAAAAUAUCGUAUUUACGUCGAUAUUAUAACUACGUAAACAUUUUGCUAAUAUUCUUUGUGUCGUCCUUGGAUCGAUUUUUAGCGUAAUCAAAAUAUCGAACGAAUCGUGACUUUUUGUUUCGAACGUGUAUCCUGUUUCGUUGAGAAAUCGAUAAUAAAUACUUGGAGUCGCGACGAAAACGUUGAAUCGUAUCUAUAAAUAUAAUAGAGUUUGUUCGUCGAGACUGAAACAGGCAAAAGCUAGAAGAAAUACAUGUUGCAAAGGUUAACUAAUUCCGUUGAAAAUAUUCGACGACGAGCCUACGGAUCGAAUCCUCCAGACGUCGAUACAUUAGGUCAGGCGAGGUAAAGCGAGCAAAGAUAAAAGCUUCUGGAACGACCCCUCUUCCGGUUCUUCGGAAUGAAGAUGGAUGUAGGAACCGCGCGAAAAUGUGCGAUGGAUAACGCGGACAAAAGGAAAACAGAGAAGAGGGGUUCGGAAAGAGCGCGAGAGUAUUGACAGAAAGGAAGGAAAGGGAAGGAAGAGGGAGAGCAAACAGGGAAGAAACAGGGGGAAUGAAAAGAUAACGCGAUGCUACUUUGCCCGGUUCUAAGGAGACGAGCGAAACGCGAGAAUUCCGAUGCCUAUCAAUCAGCUUCGACGGUUGAAAAAUGUAUGCGCGAUAGAACGGAUGUAUCGUCGCGAAACACGAAUUUUUACCUUUUCGUUUGAAAUCCGAUUUCUCGUUUUCGCGCGUGGAAAGUCUGCUCGAAAAUUAGCCGAUCUUUCCGAUCUCUAACGAUAUAUUUUCGAACGGUAGAAUUUUGAAAUUACGCGACAAGACUGAACACCGAUCUCGAUUAGGGCUAAGUUAGAAUGGCGAGAGUUAAUUAAUCGAAAGUAAAUCGUAGCGAAUUAGCAACUUCCUGAAGCGUGAAAUAUCGAAAUUGCUAAAUAUGUAUCGGAGACAAUCUCGCGAACCCCCGCGUUCUCAACUUUUCGCCGGACACUCGAUCUGCCUUAUCGCGUUCGUAAUAAUCGUCGAAAGCGCGACGAUUCCGAAACUGUACAGCGUGAAAAAUCUGUUUUGUUCGAUUAUCGGGAAAAGCAAAAAUCGCCGUUUAAUCCAAAGGAGCGGUAUCGAAUCCGUAACAGAGAACGAAUCACUGUUCUAAUUUCAUUGGAUCCGAGCGACGAACAGGAGGAAGAUAAAGCCGGAAGAGGCCUCGCGGAGUCUUUGUACUCCGGAUGAAAAAUUCAAUUUAUAAAGUCAGAAAUACCGGGCUUCCACGUGACACUUCGCGACGAAGUCAUGAAACUCGACAGCGGAAAUACGAGUGAAUAAAAAACGAGCGACAAAGUGUAUUCCUAAAAGUACGAAGCGUGGCGAACGAUGGUCCGAAACUCUCGCUCAAAUUGCUGCUUCGUACUUUAAAUGCGAACAGACGAAGACAAAAAUCUUGAUACGAAACGUUAAAUUAUCGUAUGCGUGAAACGUCGAGUGUGCGUGUGUGUGAAUUUUUUUUCUUUUUUUUUUUCGAUGUACUUAAAGAGGAAAACCCAAGAAAAAUAAUGGAAACAGAUGAAACUAAAAUUAACUAAAAAGUCGUUGCUCGUUAGUUAAUGUCGUAUCGUUGUACAUAAGUAUGUAUCGUUGAAGAACUUUUCGAUGGAUCGACUUCGAAAUACGAUUGCGCGAACGUGUCCUCGAGUUAUUAACGCGUUUCUCCCGAUCUGUAACGUAUCGAACGACUCGAAAUAUUAUUUCGUUGCUACAUCGAAAAUAUCUGCGAUCAAGAAUUUAUCGAUUCGAAGACAUACGCUACGCGAAUAAAUUACGCGACAACUAAUUUCAGAUAAAUUUCCAAGAACCAAUAGUUUUCCAAGACUUCCGAGACUUUCGAAUUAUUACAUUUACCAAGACUAUCGAGUUUAUCAAAGUUCACGAAGUUUUCAAGAGUUUCGGGAACUUGUUACGCCCUUUUUUCUUUUUAAACUGUAAAGUGUAGAUCCAUUUUGUUCAUCGAAUAAUAGCAUGCCGCGUUCGAGAUCGAAAAUUGUAUAACGCGCGGGAAUAACGAAGAGAUUAUCGAUGACCGUUCGCGCGGUCGUAAAUCGAAGCGAUUCGAGACGGUGACACGGCGUUCUUCGUCUCGUCGGUGUCUCGUUAACGUGACAGAUUGACAGGUCGUUACUUUCCGAAACCGCUCGACGAACAACGAUCUUUGUUAAUUAGAAUGUCUUCGCCGCAACAUAGAAUUAGUCUCGCUUCGACGAUCCGAACCGAACAACGUUUUCUAUCGAAUACCACGACCAAUCAUCCUCUUAUACCGGAAAGGAACGACCCGAUCAACGGAAUCACGCGUUUUUUCGCGUCCAUCAAAGCAUCAGCCUAACCGACGAAAAUCGAACAAAGACGAAACACGGUUUCAGCGUAGCUACGAUAAACCGAGAAUAUCCACGCGAAUUCUCGAAUGCUCAACGUUUAACCUUUUGCACUCGUGGUCGAAAGAAAUUUAUCCUUUCCUUUAUCGACAAAUAUUAUUCGCCAUCUUACUACGAACGAUGCGGAUGUACAAAGGUGUACGCGAUAAAAAUCGCGGCAUCGAACAAACGAUAACUUUUAUUUGUCCGUUAAUUCCGAGUAGACGAGCGGAUAGUGAAAAUCGUUACCGGUGCAAAAGGUUGAUUUUUCAAAAGAAAGCGAAAAAGGGAAAGAACGAAAGAACGAACGAACGAGAAGAUGAUCGUUGUCGGUUUCGUGUCGUUGUUCGAUCUUUCGAAACGGAUAGAAAAAGGAAGCGUAAUCGUCAAGGAACGAGUGUACAUAAUGAAACGCGACGCGUGUAAAUCGACAUAUAUUGUAUAUUUUAAGUUCACUGUAUAGGUGAUUUCAUAUCAGAACUACCAUAUCGUCUACUAACUCGUAUGUAUAUACCACGUAAAGUUUCGAUCCGAAUAAACUGUUUAACUGUCCGAA